AUGUCCGAGUUCCUCGAUGCCUACUGGCAGGCGCCGCCUGUUGCAAGAACAUUUGCAACAGCCGCGUUCGUCACCUCUCUUUCUGUUCUCCUGGGCGUCGCAAAUGGAUACUGGUUCAUCUUCAUGCCCCAGUUCCUCUUCCAGAUCCCGCCUCAGAUUUGGCGUCUCGGGACCAACUUCCUGCUCACCGGCCCCCAGCUCGGGUUGCUCUUUGACACGUACUUCCUGUACCACUACCUCACGGCGCUCGAGGUCGGCAACCCUAGGUUCGCCAGGCGCGAGGAUGUCAUCUGGUAUCUAAUGUUCGUGUGCACUGUCAUCACGCGGUUCCUGGAAAUGAGGAAGAUUACCCUCACGGCUCGACCCGUCCUCUUUCGCUUUAGGGACGUGGCUUGUGGCGUGGGCAUGGCACUCUGCACCUACCUCAUGGGCGGAGGAGCCUUCCUGCCGGCUUUGAUUCUCGCCAUGUGCCGUACCGUCACCCAAGAUCAGCGUGGGAUGAAGGCCAACUUUUACUUCGUCACCAUCCCCGCCCAGCUCACGCCGUUCUGCAUGAUGCUUGUGUCGUUGUUGUUCCCCGGCGGAUACUACACCGCCAUGCUCCAGCUCAUGGGCUUCCUGGCCGCUCACCUCUACGAUUUCCUGUCCCGGGUGUGGCCCGAGUUCAGCGGAGGCAGCAACCUGAUCCCUACGCCCGGCUUCCUGUCUCGUCUUGUACAGACGCCUCGCUUUAACCAGCGUGGAUACGGCACCGCUGUUCGCGGCGGUGGUGGCUCCGCCCAAAGUUCGGGUAGCAGCACCGGUGUGUCUCAGGGCGGCGGUGUUUUGCCCGAGUCGUGGAGGACGAGAGGACCUGGCAGACGCUUGGGAUGA